CAUCUCACCUCCUUCACUCACUGAAACUGUUAAGUUUCUUAACAAGAGACAAUGUCAAGAUGAUCCUGUUAUGGGUUACACUGUUUGUUCUUCAUCAAGGUUAUACAUUGGUUCCAGUGACCACUGUUCAACUCGGUGACUCUGCGACCUUCACGUGUGUUUUGCCUAAUGAAGAGCUGAGCAGUAGAAAACUCCACUGGUACAAGCAGCGUGCCGGGGAUACUCUGAAAUUAAUUAUGACACUGUGGAAAUCUGCAAAACCUGAGUAUGCACCAGAGUUUUCUGAAUCAAGAUUAAAGGUAAAUACUGAUAAGAAUAUUAGCAACCUGACCAUUUUGAGGACAAUUCAAGAGGAUGAGGGAAUGUAUCACUGUGCAGUAACAGCCUGGAUUAAUCCUGAAUGGAGUGGAACAUAUCUGUUAGUAAAAGGAAACACUCAGAGGACAUCAAACUAUACUGUCAUUAAGGGGACAACAGUAUCUGAUCCAUACCGUCCAGGAGAAUUGAUGAAUCUCCAGUGUUUAGUCCUCUCUGACUCUGACAAUAAGACGUGUCCAGGAGAUCACAGUGUGUACUGGUUCAGAGCCGGAUCAGAUAAAUCUCAUCCAGAGAUCAUCUACACUGAUGGAAAUGGACAUGAUGAAUGUGACAAGAGAUCUGACUCUCAGAAAAGCUGUGUUUAUCGCUUCUCUAAGAACGUCAGCUCCUCUGAUGCUGGGACUUACUACUGUGCUGUGGCCACAUGUGGAGAGAUAUUUUUGGGAGAUGGCACUAAAGUGGAAAUUGUGCAAACAGCACAUUCAGUAUUCAUUGCAAUGGCGAUAUUAAUUGUCUGCUUGGUCAUUUCUGCUGUUGGAAAUGUUGUCCUCAUCUGCAAACAAAAAGUACAUCAACAAUGUGAAGGAAUGGAAAGUGCUGUUUCAGAAGCACAACAUGAACACCCGUGCCAACCAGAACAUGACAUUACUGACGGUGACGACAAAUUGAACUACGCUGCACUGAAUUUCUCAGAGAAAAAAACAAGAGGAAAAAAGAAAAGAGACUUUGCUGAGGACAGUGUGUACUCUCAAGUUAAAUGUUGAUACUGUUUAUAAUGUUGAUACGGCUCAAAAGUUUUCCAUGUGCAAAUGGUUGCAACCCACAUGUGAAUGCAAACAACCAGACAGAGAGAAAGAAGAGCAGACUAAAGGAGAAAUCUGCUAAAACAUUCACCUAUAUAUCAUUUUAGUGUGUCUAUAGAUUAGAGCGCUGAGUCUGUUCAAAAGAUAAAACCAAAGACAAAAAACUCUUUUCCUUAAAAACAUGAACCAGAUCAAAUUAUUAUCUUGAAAAUUAGUAAAUGUGAUUUUAAUACUUGAAACAAAUUAAUAAUAUUUGUACAUUUCAAUUUAAGAAAUGUCAAUACUUUUCAUGAACUAAGAGCUUUAAGAGGUUAUCAGUUGGGUAAUGUUUCAUGAAUUUUUUUAAUGUAAAUCUAAAAUGAAUUAUGUCAAAUGAAAUGGGUGCAAUGAUAAACCUAUAAAGAUAAUAUUACCCAAAUAGCUAGCUGUAUAGAGCAUUGUAGCCUCUUUUAGCUAGUUGUUUGGGUUUACAGCCCACACAUUAUCUGUAUGAUCCAGUAUCAAUUUUGUAACAGGAAAAGUAAUUUAAAGAAGAGUGAAUGUUACAUUCACCACGUUAAUGCAAAUGUCUGUAGGCCAAGACAAUCAAUUAUUCCAGCUUAUGGCAACUUCCGUUUCUAAACAUUAGUUUUUUUGUUUCCUUUGACAAACAAUGAAAGAAGAAUGUAAAGUGUGUUUCAGACAGGAAAUAGUUUUUAGUCAUGCGACAUACACGUUGACCUGGAGGGCAAAACAACGGACCAACAUAGCAGCACACACCGCAACUCCCCCAUACAGAUGCUGCAAAAGCAGUCAAAAUGUAUUUGGAUCACCUUUCAACUUAAGAAAAAGAACACAAACUGUAAGUGUUGGGCAUAUCUGAUCCGAAUAACGUUACAGCAUCCACUGCCGCAUUUCUAUUGUAAAAAACCACCAGGUCCCUGCCACCGCUCGGACUGCAGUAAUAUUUACUUUUAUCUUUCUGGGGAAUCCCUCAUCUAACACAGGCUUGUCUCCUGGAUUAGUAAAUCCGAAAGCACAACAACCAUCCAGCAUUUUGGCAACACAAAAAGUAACAAACUCAAGGUAACUGUGUACCACUUGCAUAUUGGUUUGUUUAAAUAAGUUUGGAAUCUUUGAGUCAUGUUUUAAACAGUAAUCCUAAUCAUGGUAAUACUCUAUACUUCAGUUUCCCAGGUAGGGGUAACUUACCUCUGCACUUACCAGUGCAGUUAAAAAAGAGAGAGCAAAAUAACUGCAUUCUCUUUGCUCUACUGCUUUCUUUUACAACCCCAUUUUCAAAAAAGGUAGCACACUAUAAUGUAAAUAGAAAAACAAUGAGAUGAUGUGCAAAAUUCUGAAACCCCAUAUUUAAUUAAAAAUAGCACAAAGACAACUAUUUAUAUGAUGAAAUUGAGAAAUGUUAUUGUUUUUGAAAAAUGAUAAGCCCAUUUUGAAUAUCAUGCCAGCAACACGUUUCAAAAAAAGUUGGGACACAGUCAUGUUUACCUCUCUGUUGCAUCUCCCACAUUGUGGAAUGAGUAUAUAAAGAGUUGAUUGGGAUCCAAUUGCAAGAGCAUAGUGAUACGUAACAUGGAGCCAGCAGGUGAUCCAGGUCACAAUGGAGGUCGAGCAGUGGUGGGAGGAAGACGUGUUGGUCAAAGGAAUGGCAGGGUCCUCGUUUGAGAGGUGUGGGGGAACGUGGUAGAGGACAAGGCCACGGACCAAGACAGCGGCAGCAUAGAGUGUCCAAUGAAAUUGGGCAAUAGUUGUAGACCAUGUCAUAAAUUAUGGCAUGACAGUGACUGAGGCGGCUACAAUGAUACAACCAAACCUCAGAAGGUCAACCGUGGUAAAAUUCUAACUGACCAACAAACAUACAGCAUAUCUUGGACAAUGAAGACAUGUGGGAUGUGGGACACAAUGUGGGAUCCAUAAGUUUGCCGACUAUUGCACGCAUACUGAAAAGGCACCAGGUAUCUAUAAAACAACUGUUCAACUGUAAGUUCAGUUUCAAGACGGCUGUUGUAAAAACAUUCCCAAAAAUUCUACAUUGUACAGUAAUCUCUAAAUCUCUUUCCAAAAUGUAUUUUUAGAGGGUGAUGGAGCUGGAUGAUGAUGACGACCAUCACAAAUUCAUAUAUUUGGAUGAGGCAGGUUUUAAUCUGGCCAAGACAAGGAGGAGAGGUUGGAAUUUCAUUGGCCAGAGGGCAGCCAUCCAAGUACCUGGACAAAGUGGGGCCAAUAUUACCAUGUGUGCGGUUAUAUCAGAAGAUAGUGUGGUGGGACGCAGAACUCAUAUUGGACCAUAUAAUGCAGCUCUCCUUGUCACCUUUCUUGAUGAGCUCAAUCAGGUUUAUAGAGCUGAAGGUGUGACCUAUGUCAUUGUGUGAGACAAUGGUUUCAGGCCCAUGCACAAUUGUCCACCCUGGAUUUACCCCCAUACUCUCCCUUCCUUAAUGCGAUUUCAUAGGUAAUUAUAUUUGCUUUGAUUCAAAUAAACCUAUGUUGUGAUUGUACUGUAGUGUUUUGCAUCAAUAUAUUACAAACUUUGUUCAACGGUUCCACUGUGUCUGUAGUAUUCUCUCUACUACUGCAGUACUUUUACAGAGAUGUAUUUACUGUACAUGUAGUUCCAUAAUGAAACCUGUAUCACCUAUUUUGUUCUACAAUAUUUAAUGAUUGUACGAACAAUGACACAGUGAAACUA